CGCUUUUCGUGGCAUUUUCUGUUGGCGUUUUAUUAAAACCAUAACUGUACGCCGGUAACAUUCGUGCCUCCGUGUAAACCAAGACGGACGUGUGAACGUAUGCAGGUGAUCCGUAUUGAUAUGACUCCUAAAGUAACACAGAUAAAUUAAACUCCAUUUAUUCGGGGAUCUUGUGCCGGUAUGGAAAAGUCUACAGGCUGGGAGAUAUGUAUGGAAAUUUGGGAAGCUUUUGAGGGGAAAAAAGUACAGAUACCUGGUUUGGAAAAAUAAAUAGUAGCUAGACACAUUAUUAGGAUACAAAGUCACUUGUCUCUAGACCUUUUUUGUUCCCAGACAUACUUCUACAUAUCAAAUUAUAUGUUUGUUUGUUUUUUUUGAUGCAGCUCAUUACACUCGCCAUCAAACUGGCAUAUGGUCUGAAAGAUAAUCUGGACUAAGAAGGAAACUGAAACAAGGACCCAAAAGUCUACAAGGCUAUAUGCUGCCUAUCUGCAUAAUUUGAUAUAUUUAGCAAGCAGUCCAAAUGGUAGUUACACUAUUAGCUUUAUUGCAUGUUUUCCUACAAUAUAAACUAAAACAACUUUACACGAAUGACUUGUAUGAUUCUAUUACAGUGGCAGACAAGGAAAAUCUAAAGCAUGAAUACAUCAUUUCAACUGAUUAGUAAUACUGUAAACUAUCCCGAUAAGGGCCUUGAACACCACACUGGUCUCAUAAAUCUAAUAGACUAUUCAUCAUAUCCUGGAUCAUUACUGUGAACAUCUCAUUGACUGAGGAAUCAGUUAUUUUUAUGUGCAGCUCCACUCCCCAGGGACAGUCAGUAACAAAGUGCUGUUAGACGUGAUUGGCUCUUGACUACUUGGCCCAUCUUUCCUUCAUGAGCAAACAUGAUUGUGUGCUAAAUUUGAACCCAAGGGUCCUUUGAAAGUUGGGAUCAAUUUCAGUGGCAGGCCUUCAUGAUGACUCAGUUAUAUAAAUAGGCAGCCUAUAAAAAAAAAAAGGGCGCCUGUGGGCAUUGUGCAAAGAAAAGAGUGAAAACUGAUUGGAGGAAACUCAUUUCCGUUUUAGCUCUUAUGUCAUUUCAUACAAGAGGUUGCAUGUUGGCGAAGGAAUGCAUCCAAAAUGCAAAAGUAAUAUUCUUAAUUCAUGGUUAUCUGAAUAGGCCUUCACAGCGUUCUUUAAGAAUCUGUCUUGCUGAUAAACCAGUGUAACUGGUAUAAUACGGACAUCUCUGAAAUGCGGUCUUCCUGAAAGGUCACAUGACCAGUCUUGGUGAUGCUGAAGCCUGUGCUGGUGGUGAGACAUGCAUAGUGAGACCAAAUGCUUUAAUAAUUCCUAAUAAAUGGAAAAAAUUUUGGGUACAUUUGAUAAGUGAUCUUAUGCGUCACUUUAAUUUGAAUGAAAGAUGCAAGUAAAAAGGGUUAAUGGGGUUAAUGAAUGUCAUGUGAACAUGCAGUGUGUUGCCUAUAUAUAUAUAUUGUAAUACAUAAUAUUACUUGGGAAGCAAAAGUGAUAUGGGAACAAGAAGAAGAAUAUUCGAGGAAGGAAAAUUAUCUUAAAAAGACGUUUCCUAGACUGUCCUGUAUUAUCUCAUUGUAUUUGUUUUCUCACUAAACAGUGGACAUGAUAUGCAUCCUGUACUGCAGUGGUGAAUUAGUCAUUUAAAAAAUCCUAUAAGUGCGAGCAUAAGGGAUUCCUCCUACAUAACAGCUGCAAGCUGGGAUAUUUGAGAGGUAUCUGUUUCAUCAGUGAAUAAUUCAAUAUGUAGCUUAACGCAUACUAUAGGUAAGGUACAGAGUGGGUUAAUGUGUAUGCAGGUUUCAAAUACGAAACAAGCUCAAACCUAAAAGAAAGGAACAUUACCGUAAGGAAAGAAACAACAAAAAGUGUCUAAUCUUAUGAGUGCCUAGAAUCAAGCUAGUAAUAAAUCCAGAAAUGAAAGUUUUAUUGUAUAUAUGUGUUUUCGAAUGUCUUUGAAAUGAUAAAGGAGCCAAAAUGGCGUAAGGUUGCCACGAGUUUGAUAAAAGCCGUGGAUGAGGAUUGAUGUAUAGCUCAGUGUAACCUGAGUCUGAUGGCCCGGUGUUCAGCUUUUCAACACCAAGGUCAUUCUCUUGGCCAAACGUUGAAUGAGAUGAGCGCUGCUAAAGAGCCAUUAGGUUCAUGAUCCUCAUUUAUCCAGGUGAAGGUAAGUGAACGCUAGUGCUGUCUUUUUGCAUUGGAUUGUGAAAUAAAAAAUUAAAAUUAAACAUAUAAACAGUUGAUAUUACCAGAGAUAUAUUAUUGUGUAUAAAAUUGUGGCUUUUGUUGUUGUUUUCCUCACUGCAGGCGUACAGAUGUUGUAUAGUGUUGUGUCACUAUAAGAUGCUAUGACAAUGUCAACUAGAAGCCUAGAAGAAAAUUGCAACUUUCUAGAUAAUGAAGAAAGCCCACCAGAUCUGAAACCAUGUGAAAAGGACACCUUUCAAUCCCAACAGGACUUGGAGGAUAUAUUUAGUAUUAGCUCAGGAAGUCCAUGUCCAAUCAAGGAUGCUCAAUCUAACGGUAAAAGCAAGGACACUAAACAGGCUGAAGUGCUCUCAGGCCAGCCUUUGGACAAAUCAGGAAUCCUGGCACAUCUCCAGCAUACAUCACCUUUGGAGUCGAUAAGAGAACUAGUAGAAAUGGAAGAGAGGAGUGAAAGUCGAAGUCCAGGCGAUGGAGCAGUUCGAAUUAAGGACGCGUGCAAAGACACGUGCCCUUCCACAGCUGUAAGAUAUGUGGCGUUGCCCUCAGAAGGAUGUGGUGAUGCAUUAGAAAGGACUGCUUUGAGACAUGAUUCAGAAACACGACUCGAUUCGGUGGAUGCUUCCAGCUCUGUGGAUGAUGUCCCGGUUGGAUCCUGUCCUCCAGAAGAUACCUCAUACAUUGCACUGAUUCCUGGACACCUGGAGUGGGGUUCUUCUUCUGUGUCUGAUAAUCAGAGGGAGGUAGCAGGACACCAGUUAACCCCAUCCCACACCAGUUCUGACGUCCAACUGGAUAAUCAGUCCAACAUCACCCCACUGGAAGACCCUCAAGAGGAGUCCAUUUGUCCCCAAACUGCUGCAAAUGUUAAUGCAGAGGCAGAGACGAAUGAUCUCAACCUAGAGGGAGUUGAUGGUGAUUCCUGUGAAAAGGAAGACACUGCGGCUAAUCAGACCCUAAUCGAGGUUCUUACAGCAUGUGAAGCCAGAGUGGAGCAGCUUGAGGAGCUCAAAUCAUCUUCGAUUGAGAUGUCGGCCCAGUUGCAGUCUGCUCGGCUUCUGGCUGCCAGGCUGCAUCAGAAAGUGCUUAACCUGGAACACGAAUGUCAUCUUAAAGACAAGGAGCUCCGUGACCUGACGGUCAACCUUGAGAAGACGAGUGAAGCUCUUCAAUCCAGAAACUCAGAAAUGGCUGCUAUCAAUGAGGAGCUUCACCAACUGCACCUUGACCUGGAAGCGCAGAAGAAAACGGCUGCAGCCGGAAGGACAGUCAGUGCCAACGGGCAGCUCGCUUCAAAUGCACACCAACGGAAUGGCAGCUCCAAGGUGUGCACACUAUUCUGAGAACAAAACCUGCUUAUUCUCGAGAUGCAAUAUAAUCAUGCCUGUUGUUCAUGCAGUUAUUCAAUCAGCCAAUCAGGUGGCAGCAGUCCGGUGGAUAAAAUCAUGCAAACACAGGCUUCGGUUAAUGUUCACAUCAAAUAUGUGAAAAGGAAAAAUCCUCUUCACUGACAUUGACUAUGGCAUGAGCUUGUUUGUGCUGCUUUAAGAAUUUCAGAAACUGCUGAGAUUUUCACACACAGCCGUCUCUAGAGUUUACACAGAGUUUCAGCAAACCUGUGUCUACUGCAGUCUCAGAUUCCUGCUCCUGAAGUCCACUUUCUGACUGUCCACUUAAAUUUGGUCUGCAAUAUUGUCAUGAUAUAACUACAAGAUUACUCCUGAAUUGAAGAGACACGUUUGUCCACCAUGUUUUACUUUGAUAACUAAUCUUACCUUGUAGUAAGAAAAGGUAUUUUUUAUUCAGUUUGUACAAAAUAAGCAACGUGUGUCUCUAUAAUAGCUUACAAUGUAGAAUACCUUUUGUUCAUUAAAAUGCUAGAAAGGUUGUCUAAAUAUCCUGUCUGAUUAGAUACAGGGACAGUACCAAGAUGUUUAGAUGAUUAUGGAAAACUUGCAUCAGUCUCAGUCGUUUCAAGUACAAUCUGCAGACGGCAAUACAAUACAGAUCAAUACAAUGCAAUACGAACAGUAAAAUAUGUAUUUAUUAUUAUUUACUUACAUAUAUGUUACCCAUACUACCCAUAAUUUAUGAGUUCAUGUACAAGGACUUGGAUUUGUUGUGUCAUUGCUGUUCAAAUUUCGAUA